CAGGUCCUCUCUUUUUCAGCACGCCGCAGGCGAUUCUUGAUGCCACCUCGCUGCCAGGCCCUGGGGGCCCUGUCGGUGAAACUGACCCGAGGACUCCUGUGCCCACUAGCAGGAGAGACUGGCAGUUUGGCAUGUGGACUCAUUUGAUGACAAAGCCUGACUCCAGCUGACUCAGUCACCCAGUGUGUCUCGUUGCACGUACACUGCUACUGGAUACUCCUGUCUCUGCCAUUGGCUGGGGCUAAGAUGGAUCUUGUACUCAAUGCUGCAGAUUAUUAUUUUUUUACACCAUACAUAUAUCCAACUGCAUGGCCAGAAGAUAACAUCUUCCGACAAUUUAGUACUCUCUUGAUUAUAACAAAUCUUGGGGCUUAUAUCCUUUAUUUCUUCUUUGCAACACUGAACUAUUAUUUUGUCUUUGAUCAUUCACUAAUGAAACACCCACAAUUUUUAAAGAAUCAAGUGUCCCGAGAGAUUAUGCUUACUAUCAUGUCUUUACCAUGGAUAAGCAUCCCCACUGUUUCACUAUUCCUGCUGGAGGUGAGAGGGUACAGCAAAUUAUAUGACAACACAGGAGAGUUUCCAUAUGGCUGGAUUCAACUCGUUAUUAGUGUGUUUUCCUUCCUCUUUUUCACUGAUAUGCUGAUCUACUGGAUUCACAGAGGCCUUCAUCAUAGACUUGUGUAUAAGCACAUACAUAAACCUCAUCAUAUCUGGAAGGUUCCUACUCCAUUUGCAAGUCAUGCUUUUCACCCUGUGGAUGGCUUUCUUCAGAGUCUGCCUUAUCAUAUAUACCCUUUUGUCUUUCCAUUACACAAGCUGGUUUAUUUAGGUUUGUAUAUCUUGGUCAAUGUCUGGACAAUUUCCAUUCAUGAUGGUGAUUUUCGUGUACCUCAUAUCUUAAGGCCAUUUAUUAAUGGCGCAGCUCAUCAUACAGACCAUCACCUCUACUUUGACUACAACUAUGGACAGUAUUUUACAUUGUGGGAUAGAAUUGGAGGCUCAUUCAAAAAUCCUUCCUCCUUUGAAGGCAAGGGACCACAUACAUAUAUGAAGAAUAUAAUAGAAGAAAAUCACAACAGCCAUGCAAGGAAUGGUUGUGAAAAUGAAAAAUUAUUCAAUGGAGAGCUUACAAAGACUGAGUAGAUUAUUGCUCAUUUAUUAAAUAUUUUUAAUAAGGAAAAUAAUCUCCAUACAGCCAAGAGACAUAGCAAGUAAAUGGCACCAUUUGAAAAUCAGCAUUGAGGGUACCGAUGAGGAAUGAUCAUAAUGGUAACGAUAGCUCAAGAGGAAAUCAGUCUCAUGCAUUAAAACUCUAGGUAUUGAUCUAAGAGAUGACUGUGUCUUUCUAGCCAUCAAAUCUGUAAUUUACAUAGCCUCAACAAUAAUUUUUUAAAAGAUGGAGAGAAAAUAAAUUAUUGAGAGGACUAGGUUAUGUCCUUUGCCUUAAUCCAGCCACAUUCAUUAAGAAAAACUCACUGAACUCCAAGGCUAAGCACCAUAAUAAAGAAAUACUAAUAAAGUAUAAAUAUAAAGAUGGUUCCUUGUUUCAGGAAUUAAGUCUUCAGUGUUGGUAGAGUAAUGACUACUUGUAAUACUUGGUUCAAGUGAAAACAUCAAUGUGAACACCAAUUCUGAAAUAAUAUAUUAGUGGCUAUGUAAAUGACUUACUUCAUAGCAGGUGUAAUAAGAUUGUCGUCUUCCUACACAUAGGAAGCUUAAUCUCUGGGGAUAUUGUCAAAUGUUACAUUUUACUGAUGAAUGAAUAAAUAAACCAGUUUUUAAAAAUUGAUAUUACCAUGAUUUAAUCCAGAUGUGGGAUUAUUUAAAGAUUUUGAUGGUUGUUGUUUAAAACCAUUAUGUAAUAAGCAUAAAGUUAUGUGAAUCUAAAUAUAUUUAGAAAGGGAAAUUUGAUGCCCCAGUAAUAUAUUUGACUGCUGGUUUUUUAAUUAAACUGAUGCACUGCACUUUUGAUAUGUUUCAAAGUUACAGACCUAUAAUUUUCUAUAAAAGGAAAUAAUUGCCAAAUAUUUAGGCCUGUCACUAAAGAUUAGUUUUGAAGUCGUAAUCUUCCUCCUUACUUUACCCACUUCCUCUGCAAAAAGAUUUGACAAAUACUUUCAUAAAUAAAUGUUGUGUGUUGUAACAUAUAUUGAAAAAAACAUGGUUUACAAAGGCAUUCUAUGAACUAUUUAUGUAAAUCAAUAAAAGUUGAUUAUGAAUAUUAUUAAACUGUAUCAGUUAACUAUUAUAACAGCACAGAGUAUUUUUUGUACAAAUUUUGUGUUAAUUUGGAAACAUAAAUAUUGUGAAUUGUCAAAACUGCUUUAGAAUGUCUCCAAAUGCUCAAUGUCAACAGGCUAAAGAGAGAAGAGGGUGUCACAUGUUCUUUAUAUUUUACAUCUUUUGAGUAUUUCAACAAAGGACCAGCUGUAGAAUUUAAUUUAAUUUAAUUUAAAAUUUUUUUAAGUUACUUUACCUAAACAUAGCCAUGUAUCAGUUAGUAUUCUGUAACUGGUAAAUUCUGCUCAGUGCUCCACUUUGCUCAAGAAAAAGAAGGGAAUUAAGCAGAAGUAAAUUUUGUUUCCUAAUAAUAAUGACAGCUAGUAUUUACUGAACUUUUACUCAUAUUCAGAAAGUGUAACGAAUCCCGGAGACGAGGAAACUGGGACUCAGUUGUUUUAAGUUCCAAGAUAAUUUUUUUCUCAUGUCAAGUUCAGUGUGUACGUUGCAGGAGCCUGGCAUUCUGAGAUCCAGACUCGCUAUCUUCAGGCUCAGCCUUUCUCAAUCUGCAGAAUCUUCUUUGUUGAAGCAGCACUUAAGGGAAGAGAACAAAGUGCAUGUGGAAAAUUUUGUGCAACUGACAUAGUAGUUAUGCAUACUCCUCGACUCCUAUUCCUUUGGAAAAAAUUCAUACGGCCCAUCUAACUGAAAGAAAUUCUGGGAAAUGUAUCUAAUUGUGUGCCUAGGAAGAUGGGGUAACUAGUUUCUUUUUUUUUUAAGAUUUAUUUAUGCAUCAAGAACUGGGGUACAGGCCAGAGGUGUGGAAGGUGAGAGGAUUCACCAGAGACAGAGUGGGGAACCAAACAGGCAGAUUGAUUGAAAUACACUGCUGAGGGGAGCAGCAGGCAAGACAGGAGAGGUCUGCUGCGCCAUGUAGGCAGCUCUCUGGCCAGGGAUCAAACUCUGUGGAUAGCUUCAUAGGUUGUGUCCUAACCCCUUGCGCCACCAGGGAGGCCCACAAGUUUCUUGAAUAACUAGCCAGUUUGCAUACCUGUGUAAUUUACUCCCCUCUUUCUGAGGAUCCUAACAGAAGUAUGAAGAGGGGAAUAAACCUAAAAGGAUUUCAGAUUAUCCAUGGGCUGAUUGUCUUAGUGUCCUUAAUUCCGUAACUCCAAUUACAAGUGUUAGAUUUUGAUUUUGGUGUAGCUAAUAGAAAGAACAUGAUUUGCAGGGAGAGAGAGGUUCAAAGCUGUUAGAAAUAAUAGAUUUUGCCCUCCCACUAUUUAAAUUCUAGUCUUAAACAAAAUAAUCCAGUCAAAAAAUGGGCAGAAGAGCUAAAAAGAAACUUCUCCAAAGAGGAAAUGCAAAUGGCCAAUAGGCAUAUUGUAAUCAGGGAAAUGCAAAUCAAAACUACAAUGAGAUACCAUCUUACACCAGUGAGAAUGGCACACAUUAAAAAAACUAGCAACAACAAAUGUUGGCGAGGAUGUGGAGAAAAAGGAACUCUCCUGCACUGCUGGUGGGAGUGGAAACUGGUCCAACCACUAUGGAAAGCUGUGUGGAGAUUCCUCAACCUACUAAAGAUAGAGCUUCCAUAUGUUCCAGCAAUUCCACUGCUAGGUAUUUACCCAAAAGACACAGAAACAGUAAUUCCAAAAAGCACCUGCACCCCUAUGUUUAUAGCAACACUAUUUACAAUAGCUAAGCUAUGGAAACAACCCAAAUACCUAAAAAUAGAUGACUGGAUCAAGAAGAUAUGGUACAUAUACACCAUGGAAUAUUACUCAGCAAUCAAAAAAGAUAAACACAUGCAUUUUGCAGCAACAUGGAUGGAGCUGGAAGGGAUAAUGCUCAGCGAAAUAAGCCAGAAAGAAAAAAAUACUGGAUGGUCUCACUCAUAGCAGGAAUCGAGAAAACCUAAAUAAGGGACCAGGAAAAAGAAUAAGAAAGAAAAAAUCAAAAUCAACAACUAUGAACCAGAGACACAC